AAAUGACAGAGGAAGUAUACAACAAAAACAAGACGUCAAGAUUGGUACACAGCGCAGCACUAAGCCAAAAGCCAAAAGCCAAUAGCCAAUAGCCAAUAGCCAAUAGCCAAUAGCCAAUAGCCAAUAGCCAAGAGCAGCCUCUUCCCUUUUGUGGGCUCUAUAAAUUCUUCUUCACGCUUCCAUUUUCUCAUUCCCUCUCUCUCUGCAAAAUAUAUAUAUAUAUAUAAAAACUUCAUCUUUGUUCCCCCUUCAACUGCUUGACAAUGGCAACCUUCCCUCCUCUUCUUCUUCCUCUUGCUGUUUUUGUGCUCUCAAAUCUGUUGGUCCCCAUAACUCCCAACUCAGAAGGGGAUGCUUUGUACGCCUUGAGGAGAUCAGUGAAGGAUCCAAACAAUGUGUUACAGAGCUGGGAUCCAACUCUUGUUGAUCCUUGUACUUGGUUCCAUGUCACUUGUGACUCUGCUAACCGCGUCACUCGCCUCGAUCUUGGAAACGCAAAGUUGUCUGGCAACUUGGUUCCUGAGUUGGGGAAUCUCGACCACCUUCAAUAUUUGGAAUUGUACAUGAAUGAAUUGGUGGGUCCAAUUCCAAAGGAGAUCGGACGGCUGAAGAGCCUCAUCAGCUUAGAUCUCUACCACAACAACCUCACUGGCCCCAUUCCUCCUUCCCUCUCCAACCUCUCCAAUCUCAACUUCCUGAGAUUGAAUGGGAACAGGCUCACUGGGAAAAUACCAAGGCAACUCACCAAACUCGGCAGCCUCAAAAUCAUCGAUGUGUCAGAUAACGAUCUGUGCGGGACGAUCCCAAUAUCAGGUUCCUUCUCCAAGUGCUCAGAGGAAAGUUUCAAGAACAACCCGAGAUUGGAAGGGCCAGAACUAAUGGGGUUUGUGAGAUAUGAAAAUGGAGGAACCUGCUGAUGUUUGACUUAAUGUGCCUCAGCUAAAAGGGGAGAGAGGAUUCUGUAUUGUAAAAAUAGUAUCACUUAGUAUUCCAUAUCAAAAGACUGUAAUGCUUACUUUUGGGAGGUCAUUCUGGUUAGUAGUUUGCUUUCUAAAUCAUCCAGGCAGAUGUUUGAGGUCUUGACCAAUAUUGGAAACAGGAGCCUGCAGAUUCUAGGCUAAAUAAAAAAAAUAUAUACUUAAGGAAUUUUGUAGCUCAACAGUGCAGAAACCACUCGUUGCCAAAUAAGAGCAAGCCAACCUAACCAUAGCUACGUAAUAAUAAAACUAUCGUUCACAAAAGCUUCAUAUUC